AGCCUAUCUUAGCUAUAAGCGAAGUAAUAAUAAGGUGGGAGAGAAAGGGUUAGUGGGAAACGGUUAUUGGAUACGGAGGGCAGGGGUAGUAAUAGGAGGACUGGGGAGGAGCAGGGCAUUUGUGACGCCCACGGACUUCCGCAGCCAUUCAAUGCUCCACCAAACGCAAAUCCCUUCUUCCUCCCCUCUCUUUACCUUCAACCCCUCCACCACCACCACCACCUCCUCCUCCUCCUUUAUUCCCCUCCCUGUUUACCCUCUUCAAUCCCCUCUUCAGUUCCACUCCUCUCAGGUAGAAAAGGACAGAAGAAUGGAGGGGGCGCUGAAAAGUAGUUUGAGGUCGGAACCGUUGGCCGCCUCUGGCCAGCCGGACCACCAGGGUCUCCUUGCCGACGACCCGGCCUGGGCCGCCGUGGAGAGAGGCAACCUCUUAUUAGGGGAGGGUUUCUCGGUUGACGAACUUCUCGACCUCGGGGAAUUCGCCGAGCCCGAGAAGGAAACAGAGGAGAAGCCGGAUGCAGGAGCGGAGUCCGCGAAAGCAGAGGAGAACUCCAACUCCUUGUCCUCCUGCUCCUCCUCCGUCCUCUCCUUCGAACUACCGCCGCCGUCGGAGAUUUGUUUACCGUUGAGUCCUUUGCCAUUAAUGGUUCAAGAUGUGGAAGAGCUGGAAUGGGUUUCGCUCAUUAUCGACGACUCCCUUUCGGAGUUUCCACCGUCGUGCUCUGGUAUAGCGCCGCCCUUCCCACCGCCGCCGCCGCCUAAACCCCAGGCGGAGUCUCCGCCAGAGAACCGCCCGGCCUCUUCCCGGCCCCCCACCGUCUGCGCCCUCUCCACCGAAGCCCUUGUCCCGGUCAAGGCCAAGCGCAGCAAGCGCUCCCGCUCCGCCACCGCCGGCUGGUCCCUCUCCGGCCCUCCCUCUUUUGCCGACUCCUCCACCACCACAAUCACCUCCUCGUCGUCCUCCUGCUCGUCCUCGUCGUCAUCCUUGGAAUCCUGCCUCAUCUACGAACCCACCGCCUGUGGCGGUGGCGAUUACAACCUCUUCCUCGACAACAUCCCGCCUCCGCCGGAGCCGCCGUCCAAGAAGCAUAAACUGAAGAAGGGGGGCUGGAAACCGAAGCCGCCGCAGGCGGCCUUCACUGCCGUGGCCGCCGGCGGAGGCGAGCGGCGGUGCAGCCACUGCGGGGUUCAGAAGACGCCGCAGUGGCGGGCGGGGCCGCUGGGGGCGAAGACUCUGUGCAACGCGUGCGGCGUCCGGUUCAAGUCCGGCCGCCUGCUGCCGGAGUACCGGCCGGCGUGCAGCCCCACCUUCAUCAGCAACGUCCACUCCAACAGCCACCGGAAAGUCCUUGAGAUGCGCCGGAAAAAGGAGGCUGAGCUCCUUGCCUCCAGCGCCCUGCCAGUCCCCUCCUUCUGACCGUCCCGGUCCGGUCCGGUUCGGUUCGGCUGUACAUUGUGGACCGACCCCCUUUUAGAGUUUAGCCUGUCGCGGUUUGCAUUUUUUACCCUUAUAGCGGCUUAGCUUUUUCGUGUUCUUUAGCUUUUGGUUGCUGUUGUUUCUAGUUAUCAGGCUGUAGGUAGUGCAAUCUUUUUUAUUUGUGUUAUUUCACUUAGAAAAAGGAGGGGACGGGUAGGAUGAGGCAGGGAGUUAGUAUUAGAUUUUAGGGCCCGUGUCUGGAAAUUGGAAUUGGAAUUGGAAUUCUAACAUGACUGCUUUCUUUUUUUAGCCAACGAGAGAGAGAUAUUAAGGGGUAGUAUGGUUUAUUGGUAUGGCAUCAUUUGUAAUACAUCCAUCCAUAUACAUAGGGAUAGGGGCCGUGGACAUAUAUAGGAUAUAUGAUAAUAUUUAUUUGUAGCUUUUUUGCAGCAGAUUAAUGGAGGAUGCUUCAAAUGGAAUUUGCUUUGUUUUUUA